CUUCCCGUCGUGAACCAUCCAUCACCUUGCGCUGUGAACACCAGAGAAGAAGGAGAGAGAGGAGUUACAAGAUACUCACUACAGGCCUUACUGCAUAAACCGGCUCAAUCACACCGCCGACCGCAUUGUCUAGUCUUACUGGCAGAUCUAUCGCUGCUGCACCAUAUCGUCUGGCAAUCGCGUUCCCGAUUGGGGAAUCUAGACCAUAAGAGACAGCUUAAGGAGAUCGAUCCAGUCGCCAUGUCAGGUUUCCCCUAUCAAGAUGGCCACCCAGGUGUUCCGUCUCGUGAGCAGCAGCAGCAACAGCAGCAUUUGCAACAUUCACAGCAACACUUCCAGCGGCAAUCCCAACCUCAGCAGGGCGCCCAUCCGCAAUUGACCGGAAUGACCGGCUACUCGAUCCAAGGGUAUCAACCUCAAUCCCAGGCUUCUCAGCACCAAUCCACCGGAUCUGACAGGAUGUACGGCUAUGCUCAGUCACAGACGUAUGGCACAAAUUCUGUGACCCUGGCCGCACCUAUCAACGCCGGUUACGGUUACGACGUCUCGACGUCUUACUCGCAGUAUCAAGAGCAGGCUCAACCAUCGCAAACUCAUCAGCAAUAUCCUCCUUCUCAGCCGCAAUACGCUGAUACUCUGUCCUACCCCGCCUCCACGCUCGGUCCCGCUCGACUCGUGCAAGACUAUACCUACUCGGAUAUCCACAAACCCCUUCCUCUCGCCCCCGGGAAUCCGUCUGGCUCCGGAACGUCAAGCUUUCCUCAGGAGCAGUACCAGGGCCAAGGAGAGUUGGAUGCUUUCGAUUAUAUCAACGAGAGUCGGUAUGCGUCGGCGGUAUCGACCCCGAUGGGAGGACCCAACCAGCACCAGGCACAGCCAGGAGGAGGCCAAGGUGCUGGGUAUAUUGCGGGCUUUGACGGAGCUGAUGGUCCGGAGAAUAGGAGGCAUGCAGGAGGAUACGGUGACGAAGGCGUAGAGCCGUGGAACCGAAUGAUGUCUGCCGGGAGGUCUGGCGACAUUCAGCUGCAACCGCACCAUCAAUCGCAUCACCCAAACCAACAUUAUUCUCUUCAAGGGACCGCCAAUCACCCGUCCUCGGCUGAUCCUGGUGCUAGCCUGUUCGUGCCUUUUGCUCAACAGCGCGCCAACAGGGCCGCCAGCAGCAUACAGGGCUAUUCUCCGGAACCCUUGUCGGCGAGGUCUUUAGGCAACCCUAUGAAGGACGCACAACAGGACGCCUUGAAGUACUCGAGUCAUGGAGCCGGAGCUCAGUCGUCUGAUUCGGCAAGAUCGAUAUCGCCCAAUCCCAUUUUCUCCCAAGCAGGACAAAGUCGGGUGCAACCAUCCUCAUUGUCGCAUUAUCAGCAAUCGUCGUACGAAGGCUAUCAAGGCGGUAACGAUCCGAUGGCUGCCUCGGCUUACAUGACCAGGGAAGGAGGUCAGAUUGCCGACCCUCAUGUUCACCCGAUCAAUGCCGGUUUUGGACUGCCCGUCUCGCAAGAAGGGAUGCAAUCAGCUUACUCUGUUCCGUAUCCCAAUCAAAUGUCUCAUGCUCAGGCUCCAGGUCAUGCCAGGCUACCGGCGGGUGAAGCGGCGAAAGACAGUUCCGUGCCAGCCAAAAAGCAGAAAAAGGUCGACGUAGAGGGCAACGAUGGCGAGUCUAGCCGUCCCGUCGUCCCUCCUCCCGUCAAGAACGCUUGUCUGUCUUGUCGAACGAAAAAGGCCCGAUGUGACGGCAUUCAACCGAUUUGCACUCAAUGCUCCAGCAAAGGUCGGGAAUGCGUCUAUGUCAAAUCCAGGCGAGGUGGGGCCAGGAGGCGCAAGGACAAGUCGUCGCAGAACGUGCCACCUCCACCUCCAAGCGCGCUCAAAGAGUUUCUGGCUCGCCUGGAUGGAUUGCAGGCGCCUGGUGGGGAACCGCCUGAGCUGGACAGCUUGAGCAUGACGGGCGGUGCCGUGGGCGCCGUGGACCCUGCCACAGCCGUUCGAAGUUACGCUCCAGAUGACGUGGACGGAAUCCUCACCUGCUAUUGGGAAGAAAUCCAUCCUUUCCAAGCUUUGUUGCCUCCGGUCAAACACAAGGACUGGGUCAAGCAAAACUUGAUGAAUGAAUCGCCUUUCUUGAUUGCCGUGCGAGCUAUCCUAUCCCUCAGCCCUCACCCGAAGGAUCCCAAUCCGAAGUCGCUCUCGUCUCGGAGCCUCCGUCGAUCGCAAUCGUCUCGACUGGCACGCGAGGCUUCGGAUCGGAUCGACGAGAUCCUCAACGAAGUCGGUGAAAGCGAGGAUAGGUCGGUCGUUAUCGAGUGUGUGCAAGCGCUCUCGCUGCUCGGUCUGUACGAAUUUGCCCAGACUGGUAACGCCGUCAAGAACCGGAUGAAGAUGAAUCAAGCUGUCGAACUGGCCAUGGAUAUCGGCCUUCAUCAGGUAGACAAGGCUACCUUUGCCAACAACAAGCCACGAGACGGUCAGACGGUAGGGCGUGGAGCCAGACCUGCACCGGGCAAGCAAGUCGAAGGCAAAGAUAUCCACAAAGACAUGCAGAGGAGGACGUGGUGGGUCGUCUUUGCAGGUAUGCUGAUUUCGGGGCUGGUAGCCGGCAGGCGUCCCAUCGUUGCUCACGAUGACAAGCGAAUCAUGUCCGAUUACCCGUCCACCGUUGUCGGAGACGAUUCCUGGGGCAUCUGGAUUGAAUCGAUCGGUUUGGCCUGUCAAGCGAUGGAUCUCAUCAUGACGCUAGACUACAAUCUGCCCAAUCCAAAUCCAUCCACUCCUCCUAUCGAUGCCGAGGUGUCUGACGACGAGAUGGCCGACAUGGGUCCGCAAGAGAAACAGGCCGCCAAGGAGAAGAAGACGCUCCACAGACGCAUGGUCAAGCUCGAUCGGUCCGUUCUGGAUCUUUUGAAGCAGGGCGAGACCAUGGCGGUCAUCCCUCUGGUGCCCGGAGGCGAGGAAGAGGUCGUAAGAAAUCAACAGUUGGCCGCGUCGAUGAUGUUGGCUGUCUGUCAUAUCCAGUUGCAUCGCCGACAGGCAUUCCCAGAAGUCGCCUUGUUCUCCCGAAAGAUGUGUGGGCUGCCGAAAGCUGCGGUUGAAAGCAACAGCAUCCCCACGCCACAACAAUCCAUCUCUGGCUACUCGGGAGGACAAGACUAUCUGGACAACAAUUCGGCAUACGGAAACGGCUCACACCUUGGUUCUGCGACGGGGAGCAGCCUUGCACUGGGGUCGACCGCUACUGUGCCGCGAUCACACUCUCAAGCAGAUAACCCCAAAGCCUUGUUACCGAUUUCUGAUGCUCAGACCUUGCCGCUAUCGCAAGAGGCACUCGCGGCAAUGAACACCAUGAACACUUCGAUGGACGGAUUGCUAUGGGACCCUUCGAUCUACCCAGCAUCCUUCCCCACACCGUGGUUUGAAGCGCCCAAACGGGCGGCCGAGCUGUACCAACCUUUGCAGGAAGCACCAGCUUGGCUUCCUCCCCUCAACGGCUACUUCACUGCAGAGACCGGUUACAUUGGGACACACCUGGACGGAUUUGAUGGUAUGGGUAUACCGAUCAGCAACACUCAAGACGUCUUUUCGGGAGGAUACCCCUCGAGUUUCGCGCUCCAUCAGACAGCCGGUAGCCAGGGUCAAUCGCAAACCCCGCCAGCCGUGCCGCCCAAGACGCACAAGGCUUGGGGAGUCGAUAUCGCUCGUCCUGCGGUACAGCUGUCUCUGAACAAGCCCGCUAGUACGGUCGAGCUCGAUGAAGCUGCAGACGACGAGGCGGAGAAUCCUGAAGCCGUUGUCGUUGGGCCGGACGGGCCUUUCCCUCCGGGUAUGAGUCUGGCAAGAGUAGCACAAGCCGCACAUAGUGUUAUCCGACUAGAGGUUUUGCACCGGAGUGCGACGUUGGCUUUAUGGAAAGGGCCUCCCAAGUGGCUGCCAUUCUGCGCUUGCGGUCUUUUGAGCGGGGCGUACUCUUUCCUGCUACUAUCCCUAGCUGUACAGGCUUCCUCGUUCUCCGAAUCUGAAGACAAGCCCCAAUCGGAAGAACUCGAAGCCUUGAUGACGAAUGUCAAGGUCAUCUUGGCCGGUCUCGAAGCUUACGGAACGAUGUGGGACGGUAUUGAUAUGAUGGCCGGCGAGGUCCGAGCCGCAUUGGAUGCAGCCAAGAAGCUGCCAGACGAGAUCCGCUUGAACUCGUUAUCACCUUCUGCGACGCAAUAAUCCAAACAUACAAAAAUACGGAAAAACUCCCAUAUUCGAAUACACUAACUAAACCCAACAGCAGUCAGCCUUCUUUGUAUUCUGGGAAAUCCAGAGGAACCUAUCAGUGAUCAGUGAUCAAUAAUGAUCAGUUGUACCGUUGUAUCGAUACGUCUUAUGAUCAUAACCCUCGGUUUCGC